GAAGGAUUCGAGAAAUCUCCCUUAAUCUUCCUUCGCCGUGUUAACAUUCACUGUUUCAAGCCAACAGAAGCAACGCGUCUGGUGCGCUGUUUCUUUUAUAUGGCCAAGGCUUCCUUCCACUGAAUCAGCUGCUGCAAUGACACCACGGUGAUGCCUAUGACACUGUUGCACAAGGCUGAGCAAGACAAGCACGAUCCUUCGCGUUUCAUGGACGACAGCGGGUCGCCAUGAUUGGCACUCCAAGCAUCUAAUUUAACUCCCCCCCGACCAACCGAGGAGAAUUCACGGAUAUAAACAACGCCUUGUCGGCCCUUCACUCUUCAUUCCCAGAGACACAAGACAAUUCCAUUUCGACCAUGGCAUUCACCAAAGUCGCGUUGCUCUCUCUUCUUUCGCUGGUCACCGCCAGGGACGCGCUCCAAAGGCCCGCCGAAAGCCCUGUUCUCGGCGAAAUCACCCCACAGGGCUGUUUCGAUUCCCUCCCCAGCCAAGUCGAUGGACGAUCCAACACCUUCAACUCCGUCGGCUCAUGUGCCGACUACUGCCAGAAACAGAAGAAGACUGUAGCCAUACUCAAGGAUGUGGAGUGCAUUUGCGCCGAUAUCUACCCGGCCAAGUCUGCCUUGGUAGACGACGACAAGUGCGACACGCCUUGCCCUGGAUACUCCAAUGAUGCCUGUGGUGGAGAAGAUGCCUACAGUGUUUUCAACCUUGGUGUGAACUUGUUGCCUGGCAAUGAGGGUGAUAAGAGAUCGUCGGGUUCAACUGCUGAAUUGACGGGUUCGACCAAAACCGCUGUUGUGACGACUGCGACUGAAGUCUCUACCACCAACGCUGAGACGACUUCUGCGCCUACGACUGAGGCCGAAGAGACAGUAUCCGCUACCAAGCCCGACAAGGCUUCCGCUACCGAAGCGACAACGAGCGGCAGCACCGCCGCGUCAACACCCAGCGCAUCUGCAUCAUCUGUCCCCGACAACGCUUCGCGCAGACUCAAUAACCCCAUCGGCAACUUGAUUGCACUUCUACGACACCUGCUAUAAUGUUGGAAGGGUUCAUAAAUGGUGGCAUUGAGGGUUGAUGCAUUCGUUGAGCGACGCGCCAGAUCAGAUGUAGCACAAUGCCCCAGAUCAUAGAGGACUAUGUCGAUACACACAUAGUAGAAUUGAGCUCACGCAUGAAUUGAUCAUAAAAAUUUGAGCUAUUAAAA